AUGAAGUACUCAUUUAAUGUUGUGAUGACCUGCGAUGGAUGCAAGAACGCCAUCGACCGAGUCUUAAACCGUUUAGGUGUUGAUGAAAAGGAAAUCUCUUUGGAAGCUCAGGAAGUUCAUGUUACUACUGACAAACCAUAUGAUACGGUAUUGCAAACUAUUAAGAAAACUGGAAAAGAAGUUCUUUCUGGUAAGACAGUUGAGUAA